AUGCUAUCUGGGCCACUGAGUGAGGGAGUUGGUAAGCUUUCAAACUUAGUUGAAUUUGACAUCUCCAACCAUGAGUUUUCUGGAAUUCUACCUAAUAUCUUUCGGAGCCUCACAAGGCUUAAGCUUUUCUCUGCUGAGUCAAAUAGAUUCACUGGUCAGUUACCUGCAUCGCUGGUGAAUUCUCCAUCUCUUCAGAUUCUUAAUUUGAGAAACAAUUCUUUGGGUGGUUCUGUUAACUUCAAUGGUUCUGUAAUGAAAAAUCUGACCUGCAUUGUUCUCAGUCAUAAUCAUUUCCCUUGUUCAGUCCUCGUUAGUCUAAUGAAUUGCUUGAGAUUUGAAGCAAUUGGUCUUGGUUCUAACCAUUUCAACUGUGGGGAGAUACCUAUUAAUUUCAAGAAUCUUCGGUCUCUAACCCAACUCUCACUUCCAAACACCAACCUGCAUAAUUUGUCAGCAACACUAGAGGUUUUAAGUCACUGCAGGAACUUAAGUACGCUAGCUCUUGCAUUUAACUUCCACAAUGAAGAAAUGCCACAACCAAAGGGUCAGACUCUCUGGACCAAUUCCUUGGCAGCUAUCAGGGAAAUCCCAGAAAAGGGACAGUUUGAUACCUUUCCACUAACAAGCUUUGAAGGAAACAGGGGUCUCUACCGUUGCAGCGCUUCAGGCUUUAUGCCUUCUCCGCCAGAUGAGACUCCUGCUCAGCCUCAUCACCAGAAGCUGCAGAUCAUUGAUUUUCCAUUUUGGUUUGGUUCUCUUGCUGGUAUUCUGAUAACCAUUGGCAUGUAUUUUGCUUCUGGAUGGGUAUUUUCAUAG